AUGGGAGAGCUGCCGGCAGGGACCUUCAAGCCGGGGUGUGGCGAGCACUGGGGAACUGCCUCCAGUCCCGUGAACCCUGUGAUCAGAUUCUCAGGGGGGUCCAUCUGGCUGCACCCCCCCAUCCCCACGAAGGGGGCACUUCAAGUGAAAUGGCAUGUGAGGCUGACCGGAAAGUUCCAGUGGCUGCAGAUCUGGAGCACGACUCCGAACCAGUUCUUCAACUUGACUCUCUUACGCUUGGAGGACAGGCUGGAGGUCCAGCCCCAGAAUUGUUCACUGAAACUGCUACAUUCACGGCCCCAGGACAGUGGCCAGUACUGCCUAGAGGUGACCGACAAAAAUGGGACAGUCCACAGGAGGACGGUGGCCGUCAUGGUGGUGGACCGAGUGAGGGAGCCCCAGCUGCAAGUCCAGGCUGUUGACCGGAACGCAUCACGGUGCCAUCUGGUUCUCAGCUGCUCCGUCCCAGGAGGCAACACUGUGAACCUCACGUGGUCCAGAGAUAACUCACAGCUGCGCCGGGACCCCGGGCCCCACGCCCGCCUGCAGCUGAGGGUGGACGCCAACAACUCCCACGUCUAUGCCUGCAACGCCAGCGACGCCUACAGCUGGGCCCAAAGCAACUUCUCCCUGAAUCCCGGCUGUAUGGGUGUGGUGGCCGCCUUUGAGGACACACAGCGUGGCCUUCCCCUCUGGCUGGUGUACCUGGGGGUCCCCCUGGCCGUGCUGCUCCUGGGCGUCCUCUCCAGUGUCCUGCUGUGGAGGAGGAAGGGGAGGUGCCGCUCAGAUGCCAAGGAGAGAAGUGGGGAGCAGAACCCGCCUCCACACGCCCAUGCUCAGGACCCCCCCCCCGCCCCGCUGCCCACUGACCUGACCAGCCCCCUGGGGAUCCCCCAACUCCGUGAGCUCGACCCACCGCAAACCCUUUCCUCCCUGGACCAGGAGCACAGUCCCUCCGAGGAAGGGAGCACCGUGUAUUCCCAGGUCCAGAGCCGGAACCGGAACCGGAACCAGAACCAGAACCAGAAUCAGGCCUCCUUGUCUACACCGCAGGACAGUGACUUCACGACGCUUUAUGCGCUGGUACAGCCUUCCCAGAAGGUUGGGAGGGGGCAACCCCGAACCCAGAACCCCGCUCGGCUGAGCCGGAAGGAACUGCAGAACUUUGAAGUAUACUGCUAG